UUUCCCUUUAUCCGCAACGGCUAUAAAGGCAUUUAAUGAACUGAAACAAGAGAUUGAAAAUGCCUCAAUGAGUCCCAUAAAUCCUGAUCUACCCUUCACUGUUGAGACUGAUGCAUCUGACACUGUAAUAGCAGCAACACUGACCCAGGAAGGAAAACCUGUAGCCUUUUUCUCAAGAGGUCUGUCUCAUAGUGAACUAAAGCACAGUUCGGUUGAAAAGGAAGCAUAUGCAAUCGUGGAGUCAGUACGAAAAUGGAGACACUAUUUGCUAGGCAGACAUUUCAAACUAAUAACAGACCAGAAGUCUGUCUCUUUCAUGUUCAACUCUAAGAUAUCGGGGAAAAUUAAGAAUGACAAAAUCAUGAGGUGGAGACUAGAACUAUCAAGCUAUAGUUAUGAUAUUGUUUAUAGACCUGGUAAACUGAAUGUAGCUGCUGACUCUCUAUCACGAGUGUGCUCGAUGAGCGACAAAAUGAACAGACUUCAUCAAUAUCAUGAAAGAAUGUGUCAUCCUGGUGAAACUCGUAUGUAUCAUUGGAUAAGAAGCAAAAAUUUACCAUACUCCCUUGAUGAGGUAAGAAGAAUGACUGCUUCCUGUAAGGUAUGUUCUGAAGUAAAACCAAGAUUCUUCAAACAUGAUGGAAAAUUAAUAAAAGCAACAUCACCGUUUGAACGUCUUAGCCUGGAUUUUAAGGGUCCUCUUCCCUCUUCUACAAGAAAUCGGUAUAUGCUAACAAUCAUUGAUGAGUACUCACGAUUUCCAUUUGCGUACCCCUGUCCUGAUAUGUCCUCUUCGACUGUUAUUUGCAAACUGAAACAGUUAUUUUCAUUGUUCGGUACUCCUAGCUACAUUCACUCCGAUCAGGGAUCUUCUUUUCUUUCAAAAGAACUAAAGGAGUUUCUCGCUUUAAACGACAUUGCUUCUAGUCGGACUACUGCUUACAACCCUCAGUGUAAUGGCCAGGUUGAGAGAUAUAAUGGUAUAAUCUGGAGAACAGUAGAACUUGCCCUUAAGAACUAUCAACUUGACGUGACAAAGUGGGAAUUAGUUCUGGAUGAAGCUCUUCACUCUAUCGGAUCCUUGCUUUGUACUGCCACGAAUUUUACGCCACAUGAACGAAUGUUUGGACAUCCCAGAAGAUCACAAAAUGGUGUUUCCACACCAACCUGGUUGAUGACUCCUGGAAAAGUGUUGAUGAGACGUCCUAUCAGAAACUCUAAGUAUGAACCAAUAGUGCAGGAGGUGACAUUGCUGGAAGGAAACUCUGAUUACGCUCAUGUACGAUUGCCAGAUGGGCGUGAGACAACAGUGUCUACACGCAACUUAGCUCCUUGUGGAAAACAAGCUGAGAGAACAGAUUUUGAUGAUGAAUCAACACCGGAGAACCACACAAUGGAACUUAAUAGCGAUGUAAACUUAGUAGACGAGACCCAGGAUGUGUCUCAUCCCGAUGCAGAGGUGAUAGAAGAAUCUGCAACUCAAGAGCCUCUGCAAACCUUAAGGACUGAUGAAACACAAUCACAGAGACGAAGCUCAAGACAGAAGAAACUACCUUCUCACCUUAAAGACUUUAAAUUAUAUUAG